AUGAAGGUCCAAGAAGAUGAGAGACAACGGGUUUUCCAGGCAUACCGGCCACUCUUCGUUGGAGAAAGCGCGUUGAUACGAAAGAAAAAGGCGAUAAUUAAGAGAAUUGAGUCUCUCAAAUGUCCUGAUGCUGAUUUGAUUAUGAACUUAGGCCGGGACAAAAUCGUGGAUAUCUUACAGUCGCUGUUAACAGAUGAUGCUUUUGCCCCCAAACUUAUAGCCAAAGAACCUCCAAGUGCAAUAUUGCUUCGUCAACAAACAAAAAAGGGAGCUAAUGUUGACAUAUCGGCUCUUUCAAAGCCGACAGAACCAAGUUGCGAUAAUAGGGGGUCGGGAAAAAAAGAUCAAAGCGGCGAUAUAGAUGAAAAUGUGGCUGAUAAAGACCUGGAGAACUCCUCUUCUAAAGAUGAAGUCGCAAGCCAAAAUUCCUCAGAUUAUAGCUCGACAAAUCUCUCCCAUGCCCCAUUCCCAAUACAACAUCUAGUUCUCACGAAGACCCAGACUCUCCUCGAGCAGGCAUGCUUCGACUUUGCGUCCAAAUGGGCUACUGAGCUGAUAUCAACGGAGAUGUGGGACUGUCCAGAAGCCAUUGAGCUGAGUAAAUGGACCUUGGCCUUAAACAAAGUCAUCCACAAAAUUCCUAUUCACGCCUUUAAUGCCGAGGACUAUCCGAACAUAAGGUCAAUCCUCCACUCUGGUUAUGAGAUCCGGAACAUCGCUGUUCACCGUAAACGGAUAAGCCUUCAGAAGCUCGAGGAUAUCACGCAGGCUGCGAUUUUGUUUCUGCGAGCAAUUCGUGAUAACAACAGAGAGCUCCAGCUCUCCAAUGUGCAUGCUGUGAUGAGUGUAUUUAUGUGGUCGUUAGAGUCCCGACGGCAGAUCAUCGAAGCUCGGUUUCGGGAAGAACUCGGGGACAUACAGCGCCAUCGUAAGGCUCUGGAUCUGAGGGAAAAAGAGGCUGACGAAGCUAUGAGAAAGGCGAAUGCGAAUGUUGACGACCUAACCAGGUACAUGCUGGAGCAUUCUCUACGGGAAAUAUUCGGUGGAAAAGUGUAG